AACUCCCCGCUUACUCUGAUAUUCGCGUGGGUCGGAUUGGUGUUUUCAUUUUGCAUAUUAUUUAAUUCUGCGCUUUGGAUAAUUGAUCGUGUCUUUUUGUCAACGGAGACCAAAAAUGUUUUCUUGGAGGGAGCUGUUACAUACUCGUGACUCGUGACAGUGGUACCCUUGUCACGUGACUGGGGUUGAAGCUAUACUGGACUUGAGGCAUCCAGGACUCAAUAUGUAUGCUCUUUUGAUGCGGAGCUGCUUUCAAACCAACAAGAAGAUUCUGAAAAUGACAUCACUGUUUCUAAAUGAAUCAAGAAAAAUUACUUCCCAUUGUUUAUCAAUCCCUUAUAUGCAAAGAAUUACCUUGCAGCAAAACAUGAAAUACCUGCAAAAAUCUGCACCUUUUUUGAUUCAGACGAGCACGUUUUAUCUGUCCUCUCCAGCAUCCAAGAUGAAGAAAGUAGAGGACCCAGAGAAACGUGAAUUGGACUUGUUAAGAUAUGACUUUAAAGAACUGAAGAACACUCCCAAACCUGCUCUCUAUCUUGCUUAUGGUGGAUUGAUUCCUUUUGUCUCUGUUCCUCUUUUCAUGGCCAUUUCAGAAAUGUAUUUCCCUGAACUAGCUUUUGCCCAAAUAGCAUAUGGAGCAGCAAUACUCUCUUUCCUUGGAGGAGCACGAUGGGGAUUUUCAAUUCCAGAAAACAGCCCUGCAAAACCUGACUGGCUGAAUCUGGGAAAUAGCGUGGUUCCUUCCUUAUUUGCCUGGAUAGCCCUACUCUUUCGUGACAAUUUCAGUGAGGCUGCAAUUAUGAUUAUCAUGGGUCUUGGUAUAGCAUUACAUUAUGACUUAAAUUUACUCCCAGGGUAUCCCAGUUGGCUCAGAGCACUUCGAACUGUGUUGACUGUGGUAGCAACUUUCUCUUUGGUUGCUUCAAUAGUAAUAAAAAGUACAUAUCCUGAGAAAAAGUUAUGUGAAAACGAUAUUAAAGGAAAGUGAUUUCAUGAGUUCUUCAAAUUGGGUAACAGUAGACAACAUCAUCUUCUUAAUUCAAACAAACUGAUUGUGUGUGGAGAAAACCAAAUGUGGUGAUUAACAAUUAGUUCACACCUAUACUAUUUGUAAGAAUCUUUUGAUUAACAUUCAUUAUAUCCCUUUUUUUAGUUUGAGGCCUUUUUCUGACAUUGUUGUAAGUAUUGAUGAUAAUUUAAACAUGAAAUCAAUUUUAUGUCUUUAGGUUAAAGAAAUUUUUGUUGUUUAAGAGCAUCCAUUGGUGUCUUUAUUACUGGCCGCAAUCCAUAUGUUAAAGCCAAUUAUUUAUGCAAACUAUAUAUAACAAUAAGGUUUGGCCAAUAUUUGUAUAUCAGUAUCUACAGAUACAUUAAAGACAUACAACACUAUAAUCUCGCUUGAAGUUUAAAAGAGGUUUUGCAGUCAGAAACCUUUAAAUUUAGGGUCAUUGUUUAUGUUGAGAGAUGAUAGCAGCUAGGUGAGAUGCUCCUGCUUAUCAGCUGGGAAAUCAUGUGCCAGGAAACACCAUCCUACCAGCAAAGCAAAAGAUUACAACCCAUAGAUGUUCUUGUGUGUUUUGCAUUUCAAAGCUUGUAUUUACUCCCAAGUAAUUUUUGUUCACAAAACCAUAUGUAUACUAGUUUAUUUCUAACCACAUUUGUCUGUUCAUUUAGGCUGAGCCUCUGUCUGAUAUGGUAUUUAAAUCGAUUGAGUGUGAGUUUGUGGUCUUUUAGAAACAUAGAAAACCUGUAGCACAAUACAGGCCCUUUGGCCCACAAAGUUGUGCUGAACAUGUCCCUACCUUAGAGAUUACUGGGUUUACCCAUAGCCCUCUAUUUUUCUAAGCUCCAUGUACCUAUCCAAAAGCCUCUUAAAUAACCCUAUCGUAUCUGCCUCCACCACUGUUGCCGGCAGCCCAUUCGAUGCACUCACCACUCUCUGAGUAAAAAAUUUACCCCUGACAUCUCUUCUGUACCUACUCCCCAGCACCUGAAACCUGUGUCCUCUUGUGGCAACCAAUUCAGCCCUGGGGAGAAACCUCUGACUAUCAACGUGAUCAAUACCUCUCAUCAUCUUGUACACCUCUGUCAGCUCACCUCUCAUCCUCCUUCACACAAAGGAGAAAAGGCUGAGUUUACUCAACUUUUUCUCAUAAGGCAUGCUCCCCAAUCCAGGCAACAUCCUUAUUAAUCUCCUCUGUACCCUUUCUAUGGCUUCCACAUCCUUCCUGUAGUGAGGCGACCAGAACUGAGCAUAGUACUCCAAGUGGGGUCUGACCAGGGUCCUAUAUAGCUGCAACACUACCUCUCAGCUCCUAAAUUUACAUCCUCAAAAAAUUCAAUCAUUCUCAUAAGGCCCUUGAUAAAGCCAUGCUGACUAUUCCUAAUCAUACCUCCCCAAAUGUUCAUAAAUCCUGCCUCUCAGGAUCUUCUCCAUUAACUUACCAACCACUGAGGUAAGACUCACUGGUCUAUAAUUUCCUGGGCUAUCUCUACUCUCUUUCUUGAAUAAGGGAACAACAUUUGCAACCUUCCAAUCCUCUGGAACCUCUCCCGUCCUCGUUAAUGAUGCAAAGAUCAUCGCCAGAGGCUCAGAAAUCUCCUUCGCCUCCUACACUAGCCUGGGGUACAUUUUGUCCAGUCCUGGCGACUUACCCAACUUGGUGCUUUCCAAAAGCUCCAGCACAUCCUCUUUCUUAAUAUCUACAUGCGUAAGCUUUUCAGUCUUCUGCAAGUCAUCACCGCAAUCACUAAGAUCCUUUCCCAUAGUGUAUACUGGAGUAAAGUAUUCAUUAAGUAUCUCUGUUGCUUCCAUACACACUUUCCCACUGUCACGCUUGAUAGGUCCUAUUCUUUCAUGUCUUAUCCUCUUGCUCUUCACAUACUUGUGCAAUGCCUUGGGGUUUUUCUUUAUCCUGCCCGCCAUGGCCUUCCCAAGGCCCUUCUGACUCUCCUAAUUUCCUUUUAAACUCCUUCCUGUUAGCCUUAUAAUCUUCUAGACCUCUAACAUUGCCUAGCUCUCUGAACCUUUUGUAAGCUUUUCUUUUCUUCUUGACUAGAUUUAUUACAGCCUUUGAACACCAUGGUUCCUGUAUCCUACCAUAACUUCCGUUUCCUUGGAACGUACCUAUGCAGAACUCCACACAAAUAUCCCCUGUAUAUUUGCCACAUUUCUUCCGUACUUUUCCCUGAGAACAUCUAUUUCCGAUUUAAGCCUCCAAUUUCCUGCCUCAUAAUUCCCCUUACUCCAAUUAAACACUUUUCUAACUUGUUUGUUGCUAUUCCUCUCCAAUGAAGAGAGAGUUAGAAUUAUGAUCACUAUCUCCAAAAUACUCUCCCACUGAGAGAACUGACACCUGACCAGGUUCAUUUCCCAAUACCAGAUCAACUACAGCUUCUCCUCUUGUAGGCUUAUCUACAUAUUGUGCCAAGAAACCUUCCUGAACACACCUAACAAACUCCACCCCAUCUAAACCCCUUGGUGUAGGGAGAUGCCAAUCGAUACUUGGGAAAUUAAAAUCUCCCAUCACAACAACUGUUAUUAUUACACCUUUCCAAGAAGUUUCCCUAUCUGCUCCUCGAUAUCCCUGUUACUAUUGGGCAGCCUAUUAAAAAAAAUACCCAGUAAAGUUAUUGACCCCUUCCUGUUCCUAAUCUCCACCCACAGAGACUCCGUAGACAAUCCCUCCAUGGUGUCCACCUUUUCUGCAGCCAUGACACUAUCUCUGAUCAACAGUGCUACGCCCCCACCUCUUUUGCCUCCCCCCCCAUCCUUUCUGAAACGUCUAAAACCCAGCACUUGAAGUAACCAAUCCAGUCCCUGAGCCAUCCAUGUCUCUGUAAUGGCCACCACAUCAUAGCUCCAAGUACUGAUCCAAGCUCUAAGCUCGUCCGCUUUGUUCACAACACUCCUUGCAUUAGACACAUCUCAAACCUUCAAUCUGAGCGCAUCCCUUCUCUUAUCACCUAGCUAUCCUCCCUCACACUCUGUCUCCUAGCUGUCUCUAUUUGUGAACCAACCUCUCAGUAGUCUCUUCAGUUUGGUUCCCCCCCCCCCCCAACAAUUCUAGUUUAAACUCUCUCUGGUAGACUUAGCAAACCUCUCCGCCAGGAUAACGGUCCCCCUGGGUUUCAAAUGCAACCUGUCCUUUUUGUACAGGUCACACCUGCCCCAAAAGAGGUCCCAAUGAUCCAGAAUUCUGAAUCCCUGCCCCCUGCUCCAAUCCCUCAGCCAUGCAUUUAUCCUCCACCUCAUUCUAUUCCUGUUCUCACUGUUGUGUGGCACAGGCAGUAAUCCCGAGAUUACUACCCUUGCGGUUCUGCUUCUCCACUUACUUCCCAACUCCCUGUAGUGUUUUUUUUUCAGGACCUCUUCCCUUUUCCUACCUAUGUCAUUGGUACCAAUAUGUACCACGACCUCUGGCUGUUCUCCCUCUCACUGCAGGAUAUCUUGGACAUGAUCUGAAACAUCCCGGACCCUGGCACCUGGGAGGCAAACUACCAUCCGAGUUUCUUUUCUGCAUCCACAGAAACGCAUCUGACCUCUUAACUAUAGAGUUGUAGCGGUGUGCUACACGCAGCGCUAAAAUUACGACACAGAGUCGGUAACUGCAGUUGAAGGAAAAAAACUUUAUUCGAAAAUUUCAGCCUCACUUUUAAGCCUCUGUCAACCGGCCCCCCAUGGCGCAGAGACUCCAAAGCUCUGUGCUCACAAACCCCCGUAGGCUAUCUAAUUGUGAGUCGGUUCGGAUACGCCAGGAAAUGGGUCGCCACAUACCC